AUGUCCGUGUUGAAGUUGAUCACAUUGGUUGAUCAGUGCUGGAUAUAUAUGAAGCUAUUGCGGCUACUCAAGAAAUACUUUUGUUCUAUCUUCAAGAAGAAGAAGCAGAUGGCGAAUGUUGAGAAAGUUGUUGGUGUGAAGAAAGUGAGGCAAAAAGAUCCAGAUGGAUGGGAUGUGACGAUGCCACUCCCGGGAGACAUCAUAGAAGCUGUUGCUGAAUUACCUGCUGAUGAUGACUCCUCCUUUGUUCAGGCCAAUGCAUGGUCAGAGCUAACCUUAUUUCUUGGUAAAAUUGCUGGUCAUUUCAUUUGGUUGAAAGUUAGAAGGGAAGAGAGCGCACUUAAACUCAGAGGAUAUGUCUUAGUUGAAAGACGUCGUUCCAAUCUGCAGAAAAGGUUUGUUGUUAGAGCACCAUCUGAUCACAGACAUCUUGCUGUUAUAGCUGAAUUAACUUCGGCACGUUGCACUGAACUCCAGGAUAUGAGCAGAAGAAUGGUCAAUUCAGGCUCACGCGGGUAUAACCAAAUGGGAUUACAAUAUGACUGGAAGAUAAAGGUGGGUACGUAUCUACCAGAUUCUCGUUCUACAGUUGUUAGCUCCAUCGUUUUCAUGCCUCUGGCAAGAGAGUAUAGAGUAGAAGCCACAAUAGUUCGUACCAUGGCCUGGUUUUCAGCAGCAGUAUCUUCAGGAAUCCCUCUUAGGAGAAACACCAGUGGAAAAGAUCUCACUUGGAGUAGGCAACUAGAUGGCUAUGUUGGUAACCAGUCCGCACAAGGUGUAAGGCUAUGGUAUCUACCAGGAAGUGGAGAGGUUCCACUUGAAUUAACACCUGGACCAGGAGAAACCAGAUUUGGAAUCGACAUUAAACGAACAGAUGAAGGAUUUGUCAGUAUUUAUUCAAUAGCAAAGGGGACAGCUGCAGAACGAGCUGGUUUAGUGCAUUUAUUUGAGCAGGGAAAACAAAGCAAGCACCAUCCAGUGAUCUCAAGGCUAGAAGGAAAGAGUCUUUUGCCAUCAACUGUUAGCCCAGAAGGUCUAAUAUACUGCUGUGAUCAUGCUGAUAUUAAGGAAACUCUCAACUUAGCAAUGGAAAGAAGUGAAAGUAUUAGACUGCAUAUCAUGUCUUGGCCUAAUCAGACAACUCAAAAUACCACACGAUCAAUUGGCGCUGCAGCUCUUAUGCCUCCAAAUUGA